AUGCCACUCAUACGCUUUGAGGAGGUGGCGAGGCACACGUCCCCGGAUGACUGCUGGGUCGCCCUGGGCGGCAAGGUCUAUAAUAUGACCAGUUUUCUUCCGGAUCACCCUGGUGGUCCGCAAAUUAUUAUCAAGAACGCGGGCAAGGACGUCACAAGGCUGUUCGAGGCGACACACCCGGCGGGGACCCUUGAAAAGUACCUGCCGAAAGAGUGCUAUCUGGGCGACCUGGACGCGAGCUCGGUGCCAGAUUCGGUAAAGCAAGCGCAGAAGAAGGAGGAGGAAGAGGAGAAGGCACGCCGCGCCAACGUCCCGCCUAUGGCGCAAUGCCUCAACUUGAACGACUUUGAGGCGGCCGGCCGCCAGGCUAUGAGCCCGGAGGCCUGGGCGUACUAUUCAUCGGCGGCCGAUGAUGAGCACACGUUGCGGGAGAACCGCAACGUCUUUGAGCGCAUCUGGUUCCGCCCGCGUAUCCUACGCAAUGUCAAGGAGGUCGACUGCAGCACCCAGCUGCUGGGCUACCCCAGCUCGAUGCCUGUGUACAUUACGGCCACGGCGCUGGGCCGCCUGGGGCAUCCCGAUGGUGAGCUCAACUUGACGCGUGGCGCCGCCCGCUCCGGAGUGAUCCAGAUGGUUCCGACACUGUCGUCGUGCUCCUUUGACGAGAUUGUCCAGGAGCGUCGGAAUGGGCUGCCACUGCAGUUCUUCCAGUUUGACCGCAAAGUGGUGCUCGAUAUGCUGCGACGCGCCGAGGAGGCCGAUAUCAAGGCCAUCUUUGUCACGGUCGAUGCGCCGCAGCUGGGCCGUCGCGAAAAGGACAUGCGCAUGCACUUUGGCGGUGAAGGCUCCAAUGUGCAAGGAGGCACUGUAGAGAAGCGCGACGAGGGCGCGGCGCGUGCGAUCUCGACGUUCAUUGACCCGAGCUUUGACUGGGACGACCUGCUAUUCAUUACGCGCAACACCAGGCUGCCAGUCCUGCUCAAGGGCGUGCAAACGUGGGAGGACGUGGUGCUAGCGUGCGAGAUGGGUCUGGCCGGUGUUGUACUGUCGAACCACGGCGGCCGCCAGCUCAACUUUGCACCGCCGGCCAUCGCGGUGCUCGAGGAGGCAGUGCAUGAGCUGAAGAAGCGCCACAUGUUCCCCAACAAAAACUUCCAACUGUUUGUUGAUGGCGGCUUCCGCCGCGGCACCGAUGUGCUCAAGGCCAUUGCGCUGGGUGCGACCGCGGUCGGCGUCGGCCGCCCUCUCCUGUAUGCCUAUUCGGCCUAUGGCAGUGACGGCGUUGUACGUGCGCUCGAGUUGUUGCGUGAUGAGAUUGAGAUGGAUAUGCGCCUGCUCGGCGCACGCACACUCCAGGAGGUCGUGCCGGAGAUGCUAGACUUGCGCGCGAUGCACGCGCGGGGCGCUGUUAGCCAUUUGUAG